CAACAAAAAGAUUCCAAAUUGUGAAAAUCAGCUGAAACAACGCCAUACCUGUUACUCAUUCAUAAGUCUGAGUUGUCCGACUGAGAGUUCCAGCACCUCAGGUCGAGAUGAUAGUGUGGGGGUUCAAAACCCUUGUACUCCUGUAUCUAGGCUCUCUAUGCUUGCAUGUGGCCGAGGGGCAGACGAUCGGCGUGUCCUCCUGUGACCUUAACGCCGUCAUCAUUGACCCCGAGUCGGACACCAUCACCUCCAUCAGCUUCCUCAGUGGAAACAACAGCGAUCGAUUCAGAUAUGACCGGUCCACAUCUCGGGUUUCGUUCAACGUAAACUACGACAUCGACAACAACAACAUGCCCACGUCGGUGGUGCUACAACUGCAGGCUGUGGACGUGCACGGAGAGGCCAGCACCAGACCCGUCUACAUCAACAUACAGGAUGUCAAUGACAACACUUGUGACUUUAAUUCGGAUUAAUCCCAGAAGCCAACCACGGUACAAGCUACAGCCUAAUCGUGCAGUGCAAAGAUGGUGGCUCCCCGCAACGAACAGCUGAGGGGGCUGUCGUUAUCUCGUUCCAGACAACCACAACCACGUCCACCACCACCACCACCACUUCAACAACAACUACUUCAACUACAACUACAACAGUUGCUCCGAGGUGACAACUUUGAGACAGGUCAAGGGUACGACGCCAAGGGAGACAAAUACGACAUGCUACCCAAUAGCCGGGGACGUCCGGCACUACGAGAUCCCCUGGAUAGAUUCUAAAUCUGAUCGGUUCAGAGUUAUCAUUUCUGUUGCCUGAAACCAAAGUUGUACAGAUUACGAUAGUUCGCAACUCCCUUCAGACCAAUAAAGCUGUUGAUUUUGGGAGUACUCACUCGAGCUUUAAAUAUUCGAGUACCCGCUCGAAUCCAAAACCUCCGAGUACUCGGGUAAUUACUCGAUUAUAAUAUGUUCCUUUCUUUUCACACAAAGAGGGCUUUUAGUAGAAACUAAGAUUAUGCAAUUUGUUGUAUCGCUUUUGUUUCCUGCUCCACUGUUUUUUUCUCUUCCUUUUAUUGGUGCCCUAUUCAAAUCAUCUCGGUUAUCUUAAUAAAUAAUAGGCUACUUUUGUCUUUGUUUUCACUAUUUACUAUUAUCAAUAUUUCUAUUUCUGACUUAGCAUUUUAAUACAUGUAGAUGCUAUGAAUUAGUAUAACUGUUAACAUUUAUUUAGGCAUCAGCAAAAUUAAACUGCCAUUGAACCUGUGCUCAUGAUUCAAAGACUUGAGUACUCACCCGAGUAUUUUCAUAAUUACCCCGACUUGGACUCGAGUAUUUAAUAAAUUAAUAACUCCGAUUUGAACUCGAGUGCGAAAUACUGGACUUGCACACCUCUACAGUUGGUGCUGGUGUUGUACAUGUAUUAUUCGGUAUUGCUUCAACCCACCUCUCCCUCCCCUGCCAUCCCCGAACACUCACACACAAUAAUUCACUCUAUUUGUGGAAAAAGAAAGAGCGUUGUUGAACUAGGCCUAUGCCUAUAUACAAUGCAGUAUCCCCACGUUUUUUAAAGACAUUAUUUUAAAUGAAAAUUAUUAUUCUACUUUAAAUUUGUUAAAGCAUUUUUGUGGGAACGUUUCUUUCUUUGAAUUUAACUUCACAUAUAGGCCCUUUUUUUCUCACAAAUUAAAAAAAAUGUACCUGCGUAUAGUACAUAAUAUGAAUGUUGUGCAUACUGUCUGGAUCUUAAUGGUUUUUAAAAAUAUUUUUGUUUCUGUUGUUUUUUUAAAACCUGAUUUUGUUUUGUUUUUCUAUAACACAAUAUUGUCAUUCUGUUGAAACCUAAUUUGCAAUUUUACCUAGGAGUAUCCAUAACU